AUGGAUGUGGAUGCACCUAACAUAUUGAAAAGGUGCAGCAGCGCACCUCUUAUCAAUGAGGCAGCUUCUACCGCAGUUACAUCGCCCACUACGAACACAGCGCCCAGGAGCACGUCAUUCUUCAGCAUGUUCUCGAACAAUAACCUGUCGCGUACACGCAGGCAUAGCGGCAGCUCAAGUCCACUAUCGGCACCGAUCAAUUUGUCUAGCGUGUGGGGGCGGCGCAUGACGCCGCGCGUGAGCCAGCUGCGCGCGGAGGAGUGCGCGGACGUGAGCAACACGCGCGAGGUGGCGCACGAGCGCGAGGUGCACUCCGCCAUGCAGAUGGGCCAGUCGUGCGAGGACCUCACGCUCGUCGCCGGCAUCGCGCACUCGCCCACCAGGCUGGCCAGAUUCUCACCAGUCGUAUCCCCAUCACCCACGCGGAAGUACACUACACGGCGGAGUCUCUCGCCCAUUGCAAUCAGAGCGGCCACCCUCAGUCCAGUCAGCCGACCAAAUGUCCUCAUCGGGAAGCGACGGUGUGACGAAGGGGAUUCACCACUUUCAAAGCGCAUUUGCACUGACAGACUAACGCCUUCAACGCCAGGUACCCCAGAUUCAGAUUCAUUGGAAUGCACAUUCAGGCCUGUAUCGCCUCGAGCUCAACCCAUGAACGAUUCACCACUUGACCAAGAUACGGACAAUCACAAGUCACCGAAUCCCAGCUAA